AUGUUCGUGUGGCUUUCCAGUCACCAGCCUAUUUUUGGAGCAAUUAUAGAAAUCCAUAUCAAAGAUCUAAAUUUGAGCCUUCUUAUUUCUACUAUCUGUCCUGGUUGGAGUUUUACCUCAAAUCACUUAUCUGAUGAUGAUGGUCGCAUAAUCAUUGUGUGGAGACCUCCUGCUUCUGUCCGUGUCCUGCACCAAACGAGCCAAAUUAUUACCUGUGAAGUGCAUCUACCGAGUGCCAAUCCGUUCAUCUACACGGCGGUUUAUGCAUCUAAUACGAACUCUGAGAGAACUGACCUUUGGCCUUCACCAAACUCUCUCUCUCUUCACUCAAGUUCGUGGAUGAUUGGAGGAGAUUUUAACCAAGUCAUUCAUCAUGCUGAACACUCAAACCCAGAUGUGAAUAACCAUACUGCUGACAUGAUCGCCUUCAGAGACUGUCUUUCUCAAAUGAGCAUGUUCGACUUACGGUUUCAUGGACCGCUUUUCACUUGGUCUAAUCGUCAACCCGCCUCCCCUCUUGACCGGUUACUUGUGAACAGUCAUCUGAUCUCCCAAUUCCCCCACAGCUUAGCCUCGUUCUUACCUCAGCUAAUUUCUGACCAUAGUCCUUGCCUUAUAGACCUUGCCCAUAACCUCCCUAAAGCUGGAACCCGCCCAUUUAAAUUCUUCAACUAUCUCACAAAGCACCAAAACUUCAUCAGUGUGGUGCAAGAGGCUUGGAUUCAGGCCGGAAGCUUUGGUUCGAAUCUCACAUUCCUGUGUUGGAAGCAAAAGAUCAUCAAAAGAGUAUUGAAAGAGCUAAAUAGGGACAAUUUUUCUCAAAUACAAAGGAGAGUUAGUGAGGCUUACAGUUUGUUACAAAAUGUGCAGUCAAUCUUGGGCCCAGAAGUGCAAUCCUCCCCCUCUAUCUCUUCGCCUAUUUUCCUAUGGACGGGAGACAUUGAGGGACAUCACUCGGCAAGAGUGUCAUGGGCAAUUGUUACUAAACCAAGAAACAAAGGUGGAUUAGGUAUUAGAGAUCUUACAGUUUGGAACCGGGCUUGCUGUCUUAAACUAAUCUGGCUAAUCUUCUUUCAAUCUGGAUCGGUGUGGGUGGCUUGGUAUCGGCAGGAAGUUCUUAAUGGAUCGCUGAAUAACUUCUGGACAAUGAAACCGCACAGAAAUCACUCUUGGCUCGCCAAUAAACUGCUAAAGAUCAGAAAUGAUAUUUACCCUUGGAUUAAACUGAGGAUAGGUAACGGCCGGCGAUGCUCUUUUUGGACAGACAACUGGACGCUGUAUGGAAGACUAGAAGACUUUCUCCGUGGGAAUCGUAAUUACCGCUUGGGACUGAGAGACAAGACUCUUCUUUCGUCUUUGUUUGUUCAAGGUCGCUGGUCUCUCCCUCCUGCAAGAUCAGAGAAUCAGGUUAGCCUGCAAGCUUAUCUCACGACUAUAAUCCUAACGGAGGAAAACGACUACUAUGAAUGGGAAAUUGAUGAUAAAGUCAGCUAUCGAUACAAAACUGGGGUGGUUUAUGAAAAGUUAAUGGAGCUGUCAGAUGUGCAGGAUGUACCUUGGGGACAAAUAAUCUGGAAUAGAGGAGGAAUCCCUAAACACAACUUCUUAUCUUGGAUUUUCCUUUUAGAUCGGUGCCCAACGAAGGAUCGUAUUAUCUCUUGGGGCAUCUUGGUCGAUCCAAUUUGUCUUCUGUGUAAUGCAGAAACUGAAAGUCGGGAUCACUUGAUGUUCGACUGUGCUUAUAGCUGGUCAAUUUGGGAGAUGGUGGCGAGGAGAUGUAAUCUUCAUGCGAUGCGCUUAUGGUCAGACUCUGUCCUGCAACUGCAGUCUCUGACGGUAGGGAAUUUGAUGAAGCGCCUUACAAUACUGGGAUGGCAAGCUUCAAUUUACUGGAUAUGGGAUGAGCAAAAUGGGAGACUUCACAGCAACAACUUCAGACCGGUGGAAUUAAUCUUCAAGAUGAUUGAACAACAGAUCAAAAACAGAAUCUCAAGCUAUCGAGACUGCAACCCUUCUUUGUCUUCACAGCUACUCCAACAAUGGCUAUCAACCGAACCUCCUCAAUAG